AUGCCGCCGCCGGAGAUGUCUUAUAGUCCUGCCUAUCACCAGGCCAAGGAUCCCGUCGGUGUUGCCCCCAUAAUGGCCCCUCGCCCAUCCCGCCCUUCUCUAGAAUACCCCGAACCAUCCCAUCCAAGCCCGUUGCGCUCCGCCGAGUGGAUGACCCAGGACGUGAGCCCCCGCACCUCAGCUCCGCGGGGAUCGCAUGCUCAUUCUCUGGAAGCAUCGCGGCGUGCUUCUCAAAUAGGAGAGGAUGCCGUUACACCCGUCUUGGUUACCAACGGCUCUUCACAUAAGGAGGAGCGUUCUCGUGGCAGCUGGGCCGAUCAACCGUCAUUGAUGUCAGGCGAGCACUCUCGCGCCAAUCAGCGUAAUAUCCUUGAAGUGGCACCUAGUGACGGGGGAGAAGAUGCGCUCAUUAUGCUGUUCCGGCUUUCUGUUCCAGUACCACUCUUCUCCUUCGCGGCCUGCUUAUAUACCUUCUGUGCCAUCAUCUUCGCCAUCCUGAUAUUUCCUCUCCGUCUUUGCUCUCUUUCCCCAUACCUCCGCAAGACAUCAUUUCGAACACAACUAUGCGAUAUCCUCUCGCCAGCUCUCCACAUCCACGAACGGCUUGUCUGCAUGCCUCCUCCUACAUCCAACCGAUCUUCUUCUACACAAUGGAUCCAUUCCGACCCCGACGGCGAAGAGCCCACGGCAAUCGUCGAUUCAAGUGUCCUAUAUUCCGUCGGCAUGUCAAUUGUCGUCCUUGUGAUCUCUCCAUUCUUCAGCAUUGCCAUUGUCCUCUUCGCCUGGACUGCAGCCGCAUUCUGGGUCUUCGCCAUGGUGAUGGGAAACCCAGACGGCACAGAGCGCAGUGAUGAUGGCCGCGCAGCUGUAUUGGGUGUCUGCAAAUGGUGGCGAACAUGGCUUGGCAAAUCGCGCCAUUUAUCAUAA